AUGGAACGCGGAGAGAGGCGAUCGAAUAAAGCGGCGGUGCAUGAGGACAAAUGGUGGUGGACUGCUGGUGGAGCAGCCAUUAUGGCUAGAAUGCUAGAACUUGUGUUAUCUCUCUCAAUUCUCAUGUCAAUGGUUUUCUCCUCAACAGCUCAAUCAUGUAAAAGCUAUGCUUUCUCUAGCAACAAAAUCUUCAGGGCAUGCAAUGAUCUUCCAGUCUUGAACUCAUAUCUUCAUUGGAACUAUGAUUCAUCAUCAAACAAGCUUCAAAUUGCAUAUAGACACACAGGAAUCACUUCCUCUAUGUGGGUUGCAUGGGCUAUCAAUCCUACCUCAACUGGCAUGGCUGGUUCACAAGCCCUUAUUGCGUACCGACGAACUGAUGGAACCAUGAGAGCUUACACAUCUCCUAUCAGUAGUUACCAAACCUCAUUGCAAGAAGGGAAACUUAGUUUUGAUGUUUCAGAUUUAUCAGCUACAUCAGCAAAGAACGAGAUAAUCAUUUUUGCUACUAUAGGACUUUCGAACAGUAGUACUAAUGUUAACCAGGUUUGGCAAGAUGGUCCACUUUCUGGUAAUACUCCUCAGAUUCAUACCACUAGUGGGUCUAAUGUCAAAUCCAUGGGGACUUUAAAUCUUCUUUCUGGAGAAUCUAGUUCUACCGGGGGGAUGACAAAAUUAGGAAGAGAAAUAAAAAUUCUUUCCUAUUUGAUAAAAUUUCAGAUUCAUGGGGUGCUAAAUGCAGUCAGUUGGGGUAUAUUGAUGCCGAUUGGUGCCUUGAUAGCAAGGUACUUGAAGGUAUUCAAAUCUGCAGACCCUGCAUGGUUUUACGUCCAUGUUAGCUGCCAAUCUAUGGCCUAUAUCGUUGGUGUUGCUGGAUGGGGCACUGGUCUAAAACUUGGCAGUGAAUCACCCAGUAUUCAAUACGAUGCUCAUAGAACAAUCGGCAUCAUCCUUUUCUGCCUUGGAACCCUUCAGGUGUUUGCUUUGCUUCUAAGGCCAAAAACUGAUCACAAGUACAGAUUUUACUGGAACAUCUACCACCACUUGGUUGGAUACAGUGUGAUCACCCUUAGCAUCAUCAACAUAUUCAAAGGUUUCGCAAUUUUGAACCCUGCUGAGAAGUGGAAGAACGCAUACAUUGGUGUCAUUGCUGCUCUGGCCUUCAAUGCUGUCUGGUUGGAAGGUUAUACAUGGUAUAUUGUCGUGAAAAGGAAAAGGUCAGAGAAUGAUGGAAAGAUGCCUCGUGGCAUGAACGGAUCAAAUGGGACUAAUGGAUAUGGUGCUAGACAGCACCAAGGGGUGUAA